CAAGGUCUUAGGUUUUUCUAUGUUGUUUUUUUUUUUAAUUCUGCACUUUGACAUUAGUGGUGAAAAACACUAAUUCAAAAGUUAUUUUUCUAUCGAGAAGAGGUGGAUUGUUUUUCCUGUUGAUUCCAGUCCUUUCUCCCCGUGACAAAGCAUAAAUCAUGGGCACCGGAAACUAAGGUGGACCUCAGGAAUCCGAACAGACUCCGAAGCUCGCCCUCUUCCUCGGGAGGGGAGGGGUGUUUUCAGCCCCCUCCGGAGCCCGAGACGGAAACCAUGAGCUGCGUGCCAUGGAGGGGAGACAAGGCCAAGUCGGAGUCCCCGGAGCCGCCCCAGGCCGCGCCCCCCCGGAUCUACCACGAGAAGCAGCGCCGGGAGCUCUGCGCCCUGCACGCCCUCAACAACGUCUUCCAGGACGGCGGCGCGUUCAACCGGGAGACGCUGCAGGAGAUUUUCCAGAGGUUGUCUCCAAACACCAUGGUGACCCCCCACAAGAAGAGCAUGCUGGGAAAUGGGAACUACGAUGUGAACGUCAUUAUGGCAGCACUUCAGACCAAAGGCUAUGAAGCUGUUUGGUGGGACAAGCGCAGGGAUGUCAGUGCCAUUGCUCUCACUAAUGUCAUGGGCUUCAUCAUGAAUCUGCCCUCCAGCCUGAGCUGGGGUCCACUGAAGUUACCUCUCAAAAGGCAGCACUGGAUCUGUGUUCGAGAGGUGGGCGGUGCCUACUACAACCUUGACUCCAAGCUGAAGAUGCCCGAAUGGAUUGGAGGCGAGAGCGAGCUCAGGAAAUUUCUAAAACAUCAUUUGCGAGGAAAGAACUGUGAACUCCUGCUGGUGGUACCAGAAGAGGUGGAGGCCCAUCAGAGUUGGAGGGCUGAUAUGUAACAGUUCUGCCAAGCUUCCCUCACCUCGACCCCUAAAUCCUCCAUGAUGUGCUGUGCCCUAUACAUUGGGUCUGCCCUUGCCACUUCCCCAGACAUCUCAUCGGGUUUUUCCCUCAGAUUUGACAGUGUGCAAUAGGCCAGAGGUGUGAAAUGUUACAAGAACCAACCAACGUUACUCAUUCCUGGGAAAGGAAGGUAGGAACUCUGUGCUUAGGGCAAGCAAUGAAAGACCCUCGUUUUGUUUGAAGAGACAAGGAAAAAGGUGGGGGGGUGUCCCCUAGCUUAUUUUUCCCUUUCCUCUGAGGACUUGACAGAGGCUCUGCUGGAGUUCACUGCUGCUCUGACUUACCUGGAGAUGCUGCCUCCAUUUCCCCUUUCCUGGCAACUAGUGGGUCUGAAGACACAGGACAUGCAAAGCUCCUGUGACUGGUUUGAAGGACCCAGAGCAAAGGCUUCUCAGGAACCAUCUCGAAAACCCCAGCAGCACUACAUCAUGCCAUCUGCAACCCUCAAUGCCAUCCCUUAUCCUAUUUUUAAGGAUGGUUUAUGGCUAUUCUUGUUUUAUAAUGAAAAGUUCUCUACUAUUUCAGAGUGGCUGAAUCCUGUAGCAUUCUAGCAUGACAGAGUGAGCUAGAUACCUAAGAAGACAUGGCCGAAACCAGGCGGGCAUGGGCAACCUGUCUGCCUCAUCCAGCAGGGUCCCUGCCAUUUCAUUAAGUUAGGAGGCUCUGGGGCACAAGAUGAGCAAAAGGGCAGUUUUUCCUGUUGGCCCACUCUGACCAAGUCAGGAAAAAGUGAGCCUGCCUUCGACAUCAAAUUCCACUAGUUUAAAACAGUUGGGUGAGGAAAGUA